UUUGUUUGGGUCGUCGUUCGGCGCCUCUGAAUGGAUCGGAUACGCUAUGUCGAUCAACAGAGAUAUGAAUAGGGCCUAGCUAGGGUGUGUUACCUACCAAGCCCGGUCGCUUUAGCAAUCUGCCGACUCGCAGUUAAUGGGCUUAUAUUUGCAGUAGUCGAAAAUGUACCUCAUGUAUGUGGUCUGUAUUUUGGUGAGAAGACAGUGGAGGUUUAUGGGCACCUUCACGUGAUAUCAGUCGGACAAUCAGAUUUGCAGCAACAUGCCACGGAAACGGGUUGUCCUGCUCUACCUGUACGCCACCGUCUACCUUUUGGUUGCCAUAGCAAUCCUGAUGCAGGUCCAGUGCACCUACACAAUCAGCAAUGACCCAGAUCACCAUAGAGGAGUAAUGUGGAGAUCAUCAAAAGCGAGAAAUCAAGAGAUAUUCCUCCUGUAGCCCAGACUGCUGAGUACUUAAACACUCCAUCGAAAGCAAAUCAUUCUUACGUCUCCAUGGAAACGGAACUCUUACAUAAAAGAACUAAACAUUUGGAGAGUCAAAUUCUGUUUCAAAAAUCUGUGAUCUCGGUUCUCACACUUCCGGUUAUCAACAACCAUGAGUUUGUUUACAUACACAAUCCACGAAACGUCUGCUCUGGUCACGUGAACGUGUUGAUUGUCGUCCCUUCGGACCUAAGUCAUUUCGACAAAAGGGCAAAAUGUCGAAAAGGAAGUCGUGGACAGUACGCUAGGAACAGAGGCAACCAUGCUAGGUUGCUGUUUUUUUCUGGGUCAACCCCCAAACAACAGCGAUAGCCAGCUGCAAGCUAGAAUCGACAACGAAGCUCGAGUGUUCGGAGAUAUCGUCCAAGAAAGUUUUGAAGACGUUUAUCACAACAUAAGACUAAAGGCUGUAGCCAUGUUAAAGUGGGCGUCGACGUUCUGUCAACAAGCUAAAUACGUCAUACGUACAGACGAUGACGUAGAUGUUAUUUUCCCCAAAUUAGUCGACGCUCUAGAACGACAAAGUGCGACGCAUGAACAUUUUAUUUUGGGUAGGACAAACGUCAACAGGAUUCCAAUUCGUAGCAGAAACGUCGCGAACGGAAAAUAUUAUGUGUCUUACGACGAGUACCCGGAGAAAACCUACCCGCCUUUCGCAUUUGGGGGUCUACUCGGGUACCCACUGAGUACUGUAAAACUUCUAUAUUUAGCCGCCUUACGGCUGCGGCCGGUAUGGUUAGAUGACGUCUUUAUUACUGGGAUUUGUGCUCAUAAACUAAACAUUAAUCUGUUGAGUGAUCCAAGUUUUACAUUCGCUCACCUAGAUAACCACAGUCAAGCUCAAAGUAAAAUACAGUCACAGAAACGAACAUGAGAAUAGGGGUGUGUGUCUAAUUCUUAUGAGAUAACAAGCAAAAUUGUAUUUAUUUAUGCUCACAAGUUGUGAAAAGAUGAGUCGUAUAAUAAAAAAUAAAGUGCAAUUGAAACGAUUCGCUUACAGUUUCGUGAAUGUAUUAACACCGUACAUAAUGUCUCAAGCUAUAGACUAUAUAAAGAAGCCGAGAACUUUACGUGUUAUGCAUGA